GCAGCGGCAGGAAAUCGGGGCUGGGCCCCGCUGGCGCGCGACACUUUCCCCAUCCCGUUCCCAGCCGAGCGAUACCCUGUCCUAGCCAUGGAUGAAGCAGAGCCGGGUUUUCCCUCAGCUCCCGAGGGCAGAAAGAGGUAUAGUGACAUCUUCCGGAGCCUGGACAACCUUGAAAUCUCACUGGGGAACGUAACCCUUGAAAUGCUGGCUGGAGACCCUGUGCUCUCAGGAGACCCAGAGCCUAACAAAGCCCCCCCAGCCAUUGUGACCAGUGAAGCCAGCUGUUGGAGCGGCCCCUCCUCAGAGGGCCCUGUACCCCUCACAGGGGAGGAACUGGACUUGCGACUCAUUCGGACCAAGGGGGGUGUGGAUGCAGCCCUGGACUAUGCUAAGACCUGGACCCGCUAUGCCAAGGAGCUGCUGGCCUGGACAGAGAAGAGAGCCAGCUAUGAGCUGGAGUUUGCUAAAAGCAUCAUGAAGAUCGCUGAAGCUGGCAAGGUGUCCAUACAGCAGCAGAGCCAUAUGCCGCUACAAUACGUCUAUACCCUGUUUCUGGAGCAUGACCUCAGCCUUGGAGCCCUGGCCAUGGAGACAGUGGCCCAGCAGAAAAGAGACUACUACCAGCCCCUGGCUGCCAAACGGACUGAGAUUGAGAAGUGGCGGAAGGAGUUCAAGGAACAAUGGGUGAAGGAGCAGAAGCGGAUGAAUGAGGCAGUGCAGGCACUGCGGCGGGCCCAGCUCCAGUAUGUGCAGCGCAGUGAGGACCUGCGGGCACGCUCCCACGUGUCCCCUGAAGACACGGCCCCCCAGGCAUCGCCUGGACCUAGCAAGCAACAGGAGCGGCGGCGGCGCUCACGAGAGGAAGCCCAGGCCAAGGCACACGAGGCAGAGGCACUAUACCAGGCCUGCGUCCGUGAGGCCAACGCAAGGCAGCAAGACCUGGAGACUACCAAACAGCGGAUUGUGUCCCAUGUACGCAAGCUGGUGUUGCAGGGGGACGAAGUGCUGAGACGGGUGACCCUGGGCCUAUUCGGACUGCGAGGGGCACAGGCCGAGCGUGGCCCUCGUGCCUUCACUGCCCUGGCCGAGUGCUGCGCGCCCUUUGAGCCUGGCCAGCGCUACCAGGAGUUCGUGCGGGCGAAGCAACCUGAAGCCCCACCGCCCCCACCCCCUGCCUUCUCCUUCCAGGAGUUCAUUCCCUCUUUGCAUAGCUCCCCUCUGGACAUCAGGAAAAAGCUCUCAGGGCCCCUACCUCCAAGGCUGGAUGAGAGUUUGACUGAGCCAGGCACUUGGGAGGACUCAGGCACAAGCUGGCAGGGGACUCCAGGCCCCACUCCAGGCAGUGAUGUGGACAGUGUGGGCGGUGGCAUUGAGUCUCGGUCCAUGGACUCUCCUACUUCUAGCCCAGGCCCUGACACACGGCGGCUGGUAAAAGUUUCAUCAAUAGGCACUGAGUCCUCAGAUGACUUUGAGGAGCGAGACCCUGACCUGGGAGAAGGGCUAGAGAAUGGGCUGGGCAGCCCCUUCAGGAAGUGGACACUGUCCAGUGCAGCUCAGACCCACCGGCUGCGGCGGCUGCGAGGCCCAGCCAAGUGCCGCGAGUGUGAAGCUUUCAUGGUCAGCGGAACGGAGUGUGAGGAGUGCUUUCUGACCUGCCACAAGCGCUGCCUUGAGACUCUGCUGAUCUUCUGCGGACACAAACGACUUCCCACUCGGACACCCCUCUUUGGGAUUGACUUCCUGCAACUGCCCAGGGACUUCCCGGAAGAAGUUCCCUUUGUGGUCACCAGGUGCACAGCCGAGAUAGAACACCGCGCCCUGGGUGUGCAGGGCAUUUACCGGGUCAGUGGUUCCCGGGUUCGGGUGGAGCGGCUGUGCCAGGCUUUUGAGAAUGGCCGUGCGUUGGUGGAGUUGUCAGGAAACUCACCUCAUGAUGUCUCAAGUGUCCUCAAGCGAUUUCUCCAGGAGCUCACCGACCCUGUGAUCCCCUUCCACCUCUACGAUGCCUUCAUCUCUCUGGCUAAGACCUUGCAUGCAGACCCUGGGGACAACCCCGGGACCCCCAGCCCCAGCCCUGAGAUUAUCUGCUCACUGAAGACCCUCUUGGUACAGCUGCCUGACUCUAACUACAACACCCUGCGCCAUCUGGUGGCCCAUCUGUUCAGGGUGGCUGCACGGUUUGAGGAAAACAAGAUGUCUGCCAACAAUUUGGGCAUUGUAUUUGGACCAACACUGUUGCGGCCACCAGAUGGUCCAUGGGCAGCUGGCUCCAUUCCUGUCACCUGCCUGCUGGACUCAGGACACCAGGCCCAGCUUGUCGAGUUCCUCAUUGUGCACUAUGAGCAGAUCUUUGGGAUGGAUGAGCUCCUGCUGGCCACUGAGCCUCUGCCCCAAGAAUCCAGCUCAGCUCCUGGACCCCUCACAACCAGCUCUGAGCUGCUACUGCCACACCUUGGCCCAGACCCCAAGUCCCCAGCCCUAGCCUUGGACCUUGACCCAGACCCCAAACUCCAGAGUACCCUGGAGAAGCAUCCCGACACCAUGCCCCCAGAGAUUCCAACUCUACAGAGUGACCAGAGAGAGGAAGAGCCUGAAGACACCAAAGAUGAUGGGGAAGCAUCCAGUCAAGGCCCUGAGGACUUACUCCUGGGAACACAGUCGCGUGGCCACUUCAGUCGCCAGCCAGUGAAAUAUCCCCGAGGGGGUGUGCGGCCUGUCACCCACCAGCUGUCCAGCUUGGCUCUGGUGGCUUCCAAGCUGUGCGAAGAGACCCCAGUCACAUCAGUGCCCAGAGGGAGUUUGCGGGGGCGGGGACCUGGCCCUGCUGCCACCUCCCGUGAGGGCAGCCCCCUGCGCCGAGCCCCCCUGCCUAAGCAUUUUGAGAUCACCCAGGAGACAGCCCGGCUACUCUCCAAACUGGACAGUGAGGCUGUGCCCAGGGCCACCUCCUUCCCAGACCCUCAACCUGAGGAAACUGAGGAGCAUCUCUGACCACCUUGACUAAGGGAGGAACCCAGGACUAGGAAAAUGGACCUAUUGUCUCCCUACCUCCCCUCACUUGGUAGCCAAACAUCGGGCCAGUUCAAUGUUGGGAGUGGGAGAGACCACAGAAUUUCUGUAAAGAAAGACUACAUGGCUUGGGAGGAAGCCUAAAACCCUUGUGGAGGCAAUGUCCCAGGACUCCCCCACCAGACACAGGUCACUGCCAAGCAUCAGAGCUAUUCAGGCUCAGAGGUCAUUCAGGGUCAAUACUCAGGGUGAAUACAGACAGGUUAUGAGAUCCUUGGGGUACUUACUUCUAAUCUCCUAUACUGGACAGUAUAGGAGCCUUUUGCUACUUUAGUUGUGGUCACUUCCUCAUUCCUGCCUGCCUCCUUCAUUGACUCCAAGUGACCUGUUCCCAGAAGAGGUGGGCAGCUCAGACUCCAAAUCCUGGCGGUCCUUGAGGUCUGAAGUCUGACGACUUUUAAAUAAACUGUGUCCUAUGUAC